UGCUCCGUCCGACCGAGCCCGUUUGGGCAUCUUCCCGGUCUAGUAACUAAAAUAGAAGUGAAUUGGCCGGCCGACCGAUUGGGCCAAUUCGCGAACGAAACAAAACAGGCAAUCAAACAGACAGACCAAUUCCCAUUUUCGAAUCGCCAAUCCGCCAUUCGCAAAUCGCAAUUCGAAAGCCGGAAGCACCAGCCACCAAGAAGCAGCGCGACGCCGCCACACCGGCAGCUGUCACUCCGUCCGUCAGACUCCCGCGACAUCGGCUAGUUCAGUUCCUAAUUAGAGAAAUGGAAGAAAAAUGGGCCGCAUUCGACGCGGCAAUUCGUCCAUAUUUGGUUGACAUUGAGCAAGCUCAUUCCGACGUUACGUGGUGUAAUUUCAAUAAAGCAGCAUCUGUUUCCCGGUCUGUUCUAGAGCGCUUGAUAGAAAGAAUUCGGUCUAACGAUAGCAUACUUAAAUGUGUGGGGAGUGAUUCUGAACUGGAAGGUUUGUUGGGUAAUGCUGGAUUGAUCUUUAUUCAGUCCUUGGAUGAACUUGGAAGGACAUCGGAAAUAUUGAACGAACUCAAAGUCUUGUUUGGCUCAGUGACUGCCAUACCUGCUCAACUCAUCAUUACUUGGUCAUCUUUCCCAAUGUCUGACGGCCUUUCUUCUCAUUUCCUAGAAGCUGUUGAAGAAUAUCUCAAUAGCUGGCAAUACAUGGAGGAACCUUAUGAUCAUUAUGCUUGUGAAAUUGCUCAUGGAGGGGGCUUCGGUAUGAAGAAUGAGCUGGCAGUUAAUGAUUAUCUAGACGUUGCGGAGAUCUAUGCCAUAGCUUUUCUGGGAAGGACACUGAAGAAUUUUGAUCUCGCCCUCUCAUGGGUCGAGAAAGCUAGUUUGCCCGAGGAGAAUCGUCAGGAUCUGUUGAGGCAAUUGUACUCAAUGAACUCCUCUGAACCCGUGACUGAAAUAGAUGAACAUCUGACUGAAUCUUCUUCCAUAGAGGACCAUAAAACCAGUUCUUCAAACAAUCAGGAGAAAAAUUUAAAACAAGCGCUCGUUGAAUUGUUCAAAAAGAGAGCACCUUUUUGCUGGUUCCGCAGCAUAAGAUUGAAGUUUGGGAAUCCUGGAUUUGUCAUAUCAAAUGGAAAAUUUUUUUUAUGCUGUGCAGCUCUCGUCAUAUUUCAUUUCAUCAGGAAGUCAAAUCUGAAGAGGCUCAGAAGAUGUGUGAGGAGUUGGAAGGUGUCGGUUAAGGCAUAUUUACAGGGAAAUUAAUUCAGCAGCUCAUGCUUUGGCUUGCACAGUCUCUAAAGAAGUACAUGCUUUUGUGAGUGCCUAUAUCUAACACCCUGGAUAGCUAAAUCAAGGAAUUGACUGACCGAGCCUGAUUUGCAUUAAAGAACUUUGUUUCUUUCAUAUAUUGAGUUGAUCUAACAUUAGUAAAAAUACACUUCCUGAGAGCAUGUAUGGUUGCAUCUCAGUCAUAUGGAUGUAAAUAAUGGCUACGCAACUAUAAUACAUUACUAAUGUGACCAUUUUUGUUUCGAUUGUUUACUUUUCUAUCUGAAGGGGUGAAAUUGCAUUCUGUUU